AUGAAUGCUCUAACUCUGAUUUCAACCCUCACAUUUUGUAUCAUCGCUGCAUUCUCACUAGCAGCGCCAAUUGCCAUGCAGUCUCAACCCAACAAAUCUUUCAAGCUCAACCAAACCCAGCAACAGAAUGAGUGUAUUGGCUGCUGCACUUACACGAUCAUCAUAAAGACAAGUUGCAGUUCUCCCACCAAUACAAGAGAUGAAAUCAACCUUAUAUUUGGUGAUGAUUAUGGCAAUAAGGUUUAUGUUCCAAGACUGGAUGAUCCAAAUUCAGGAAAAUUCAACCAGUGUUCUACAGAUAAAUUUGAGAUAUACCGACCAUGUUUGCGUCCAUUGUGCUAUCUGCUCUUAUACAGAACCGGAGUCGAUGGUUGGAUACCAAACACAGUGACCAUAUAUGAUUACUUCCACCAACCUUUUAUAUUUCACUACGAAAUUGAUGCUAAUUUGGGCAGCUACGGCACUGACAACUGUAAUAUGGUGUCUAGCAAUGAUGCAACAUUAAUUCCUUAA